CCUGUUAUUAUUCCUUCUUCACUGACAUUGAAACAGGAAGAGUACUUGCUUGAGGCGCUGCAAUACCACCUACGUCUCACUAAAGGGUCCAACAUGCCAACUAAGAAGGUCAUACCAAAUUUUCGAACACCAGGCCCUGCAGAGGUGACUCAUAUGUUGGAUGGAGGUUAUGCAUUCUAUCAUUGCUCGGGAGGGUAUUCUGGAUACCUUUUCAUACCCAUUGGUUGAAAGCUCCAUGAACGUCAGGCUGAGGACGUUAAACAAGCGCUUCUUGGGAGGCAACCCAAGGUAAGUUUUCUUUUCUUUAUUUUUCUUGUUCGUUGUGUCAAACCGUGCAUGUUUAGAUUAGGAGUUGAACAUUAGGGACAAUGUUCCAUCCUGAGUGUGGGGUGGCGAGUCUUAGUGUUUGUUUGUUCCUUUUGUCAUGUGGUCAGUAAAAAAAAAGAAAUUGUUUGUUCCUUUUGUCAUGUGGUCGGUAAAAAAAAAUUAUUAAUUAAAAAAAAUCCAAAAAAAUUUUUUUGCCAUUAGGUUGAGCACAGCCAAACCGUAUGCAGUUUGCCUGUGCAAAAAGCAGUCUGCCUGUGCAAAGCUAAUGGCUAAAAAACACCUAAAAAUCAGAAAAAUUAAAAACAAAACUUUGUACUCUUGUGGUAGCAUGAUGUAAAUGACUGUGAUGCGUGUGAAAUAAGUUUGUGCUUGAAUGAAAUCAUCGAAAUCACCCCACGAGUGUUGAAUUGCAUAGUUCUUCACAAUGAGCUUGAUGUUUUGACUGACUUGAUGUGCUUUGAAUUAGCAAACUCUUUUAGCAACAUUCUCUUUUGGGAGGAUAGUGUAAUGACUUUUGGUGAAGUAGUUAGGUGGAGAACAUUGACCAUUCGACAUGUUUGGAUACCGUGCUUACUUGCAUCUAUUGUGAGCUUUUGAUUUGGCAACGAGUCUCUCUGUUUUGAUGGUUUUAUGAUGGGGUGAACUGUAUCUUCAUAAAAGAAAACACUACCUGACAAGUAAAAUAUAAGAAAGUUGCCAUAACAAUUAAAGUGUGGGUAAAAAUGUCAAAAUCGUGUGAGGCAAUCACUCAUUGCACAUGGGGAUUAGGAAAGAUUCAAUUGAGAAUCGGUUCGCGACCGUACGAUGUUGCUUAUCAAGUACGAUCCCCAGUUGAGUGAAGUGCCAUUUGAGGAUGCAAUGACCCUCCACACGGACCGAGGAAAAGGAGUUAAAAGAAGCCCUUAUGCGAGUGGCAGAAAUUGCUCUUGCUCGGUCACCGGUAGUAAGAAACAAAUCCCACUUGUACUAAAUACGACCUCUCGGCAAGCAAAAGCAGAAAGAGAGAAAGCCUCUCUUUGUCAUAAAAGGUAGUGAUGUGCUUAAAGUUAAAAUCAUGUUUGCGAAAGGCUUCCCCCAUUAGUUUUUGAGACUCAUGCUUAAUUAAUUGCUUAUGAUUGGUGUGAGUAAGCCAGACUGUCUUCACGAGAUAUGCACCUCACUGAUGUGGUUAGAUUCUCCUAAUAACUGUUGCACCAUAAGUUGUUCAUCCCCCACUACCGACGAUCGAAAUUGAGUGUUGCUAUUUGAGUUUUUGAUGGAUUUGAGUCAGUCAAUGGUAAUGGUUGCAAAGAACUUGAGUGUGGGGUGAAAGGUAUGACCAUUAAAGCACAACUUGUCCGUUGAGAAAGAAACUACUGAUUACAACAAGAGUACAAGGAAAUUUUGUGUUUUGCUUUGAAUGUUGAGUCUCUAAUGUGUCAUUGUUUUGGAUGAUUUUGUGUUUGUGUUGUUUGAGUCGUUGCUUGGGGACAAGCAACAAUUGAGUGUGGGGUUGUGAUAUUCGGCUUUAAUAUAUCGGAUUCUUGGACUUUAUGUGAUUAUUCAUGGUAUGUUUUAGCCAAUUGGUGCUAUUUUAGGGCUCGCUAACCCGGAAAUGGUUGAAAAACCAUUAUUGCCUAGUGCCAUGAGUUUGAUAUGUUACAUGUGGAGAAAGCACGAAAAAGAAGCGAGUGCACAACAAGUAAUUGGGCUCAGGAAAAGAAUUGGACACAAAGGCUGGGGACAGAACAAAAUUCUAUUUGGGCCAGGAAACUUUAUUUUGGUGGCGAUCUCCUUUAGGGCUCGGGGGAGAAAAAGUCUCGGAGCUGAAAAUUAAUUUGGCGGAGGAAAAGGGAAUUCUUGGGAGAAGGCUGGGCGGAAGGCUUGAGGGGAAUUAAUUGCAAGGCAGCUUGUUGGGACGGAGGGAAUUGGAAGAGGACGAGGGGAAUUAUUCUGGGAAAGGACGACUAUUGCUGGGCGCGGAAAAUUCUUUGGAGGCGGCGAUUAUUUUUGGAGUUUGGACGCGAGCAAGGCUUGCGUCGCGAGCAAUCGACAAUCGACAAUCGUCUUCUUCCAAGAUGGUUUGAGCUGAGUUCAACGAGAGCGAUUAGUUGGUUGGAUUCUAUGACUCGAACUAGUUGUAUAUUGUUGAUUUAGAACAUGAUGAUCAAAACCCUAUUGAUUUAUCUCAAUUUCGUCAUGAACUAAACCCCGAUUUCUGGGGGAAAUACCAUAGGAUGUAGCUAUUUCUUGAUUUGAUAGAUUGAUUCAUGAUUCUUUUCUUCCAAUCUCUAUUGCAUGAAAUUACUUAAUGUUUUGUGUUGACUGGCCACCAAUACAAUGAAUCGUAGUUAAUUAGGUUAUUAGCGACAGUGAAACCCUAUUAACCGAACCUAUUUCUUGUGACAUAGUAACUUAUCGAAGCGACAGUGGAUUAAAUAAGGUGCUAUGCGGUCUUAAAUCGGAUAUCGAUCUUCAGGCUAUAUAGUUAAUUCAUUGAGCUACGACAGUAGGAUUUGAAUUGAUUAUCUAGUACGUAGUAAUUCCCGACAGGGAUAGCUAGCACUUUCGUGAUACCCUGGCUGUAGAGAGUUGGAUUAAAUUGAUACCCUGGCUAUAGAGAGUUGGAUUAAAUUGAUUUGAAUUGAGGAUUCAGUACACCCACUUUGCGUAAAAGAAACUUGAAACGAUCGGUUGACAAUCUUUUUUGUGAAAAUGUCUACCGGCUGAAAAUCAGUAGGUAUAUGUUGUAAGGUGAUCAGGCUAGACUUCAUUUUUUCGUGAGUGCUGUGUAGGAUGUGGUACUUGGAAAAACUCCAUCAAGGCUUUCAGCCAUUGAACCUCACAACAUAAUUGUGCAAAAACCCUGCACUAUGCCACUGUGGAGCUUCUAGACAUCGUGCCUUGUUUCUUACUCUUCCAUGUGAUGAGGGAAGAUACCUGUAACCAACCUCCAUGCGUCAGGACAAGUAGCCCAAUCUAAGCAAUUGUACCUUGUAAUUGUCAAAUUCAUAAUCGACUAAAAAUCAUAGACCAUGUUAUGGACAUUCUUUCAAAUACCUCAACACUUUUUAUAGAGCUUUGACAGUGGUUGAAUUAUCUUUAAACUAGGACAAUGUUCUAUCUAGUCUUGUGGUGGUAAGAUACUACAAUUGUCCUAGUAAACGUUUGUAGGUUUCAUGUUCUUCUUGACCCAAAAGAUCUCCAUCCUCGCUUGAUAACAUAGCCUUCAUACUAAGAGGAGUUUUGGAUGGCUUGUUGUUGAGAAAACUUGCAUUGACUAGCAUCUCCAAACAAAACUCCAUGCAAUCAGGAGAUGAUUCGGGCCUAAUUGUACAUGUUUUACCCAUGUUUUCCUUAGGCGUUUGUGACAAUUUGCUCCUAAAAGGGUGGUUUUACGCUAGGUUUCUUGUGUUUUAGCGUGUUUCAGGAUCUAACCGGUGAAACCAGCCCCGGAGUCGAAAGUUGGAAGAAAAGGAGCAAAGAGGAGGAAACAGCAUGUGAUCAAGGUCUGCCAUUGGAGUUCACGGUCUUACAGGACCGUGAACUGGAGCCAAAAUCCAUGAAUCGCGAAGCGUCUAGGGGGAAUCCAGAGGUUACUGACGUCGAGUGAGUUCACGGUCACUAAGACCGUGAACUCUAAGCACAAACCGUGAACCGUGGAUGUGAAGCGGUGCGUUUUGGUCUCAACACUGAGUUCAUAGACGUGUUUCAAUGUUCACGGCCGUGAACUGAAGUCUAAGACCGUGAACUGCUCAACGCGUCCUUAAACUAAGACCGUGAACUGCUCAACGCGUCCUUAAACUAAGACCGUGAACUGCUCAACGCGUCCUUGAACUAAAACCGUGAACUUCUUAACGCGUCCUUGAACUCAGCUCUAAGACCUCGAACUGAGCCUGAUUUGGGUAUAAAAGGAGAGGGGAGCUAAAGGAGAAGAGGAGAGCUGGUUUUUGGAGAAGAAACACUUUCUUUCUCUAGAGUUUCAACCUUAACACCAAAAGGGAGUUCUAGUUAGAGAGAGAGAGAGUGCUAGAGUGAUCAUGGAGCAUCAUUGGAGGCUUGGGUGGAAGAUUCAAGCUUGGAAGGAGAAGAAGAAGAUCUCGAGCUCAAAUUUCUCUCUAGAAACUCACUCUUUUCUCUUGGGUGUUGAAGAUUCCUAACUAAUACUUUGUAAUUACUUGUUUAGAUUGAAUGAUUAAGUGUGGGUUUGCAUCAAUUUGAGUAUUAGAGGUGUUUGCAUGGUGACUGUGCAUGCUCGUGCUUAGCAACCUAAGGGUUGUGCAUAAUUGUGCUUAGCACCCUUAGGUUUGUGCAUGUUGGUGCUAGCAAUCUAAUUAGACACCUUAGCCUAGCUUAGAGAGGAAAAUCCCCCUUCCAAGGGAGACUCAAUCGAGUUGGUUUUCCUUCCGCUUUCUAAGCCACCUAAAAUAGGUUAAGUUAGGGCAACCCUCAAUAUUGAGUUAAGCAAGUCGGUUAAUCGCGAUUAAGUCGUCCGACCUUAGAGUUGAGUGAGGGAGUAAGUCAACUACCGAUUUUCUAAACCGAGAGGGUCGAGUGACACGGCCUUUCAUGCUUACCUCGAUUUGGCAAUUGAGAUUGUAGUCUCUGACCACAUAUUCAUCGCUCUGCGGUUCGCGGUUACGAGUUUGCAUCUAGGUUAGUUGUGAUUAAGCCGCUCAAACUCCAGUUUGAGGGAGAGACCUAGGCAACCACUAGUGACCGAGCAAGAGGAUCGAUCUCGUGACAAAUCGACCUCCAGUGAAUCCAUCCCGUGACAAAUGGAUCACUAGUUGCUCCUCCUAGUGGUUCCCCUAGAUUUGGUGAGUGGAUCGAUCUCGUGACAAAUCAAUCGUUAGUGAAUUGAUUAUGUGACAUAUUGAUCACUAGUUCCUCACCCCCGCGGUUCACAACCAUCUAUGCCACACGACUCCAUUCAAUCCAACGAGUCAUGGUAGCUAGUUAGGGGGAAGCAACUCAUGGGUGAAGCUCCCUUAGUUAGACUUUUCCUUCAUUUACUUUUCUUUGCUUGUCUAGUUUGUUGUUUCAUUAGCUCUAAACCCAAAAGUUGUUUGCUAGAUAACAACCUAAGUGAUUGAAGUAGGGGUACAUGGACCUGCCCGGGUUGACAAUUUAAAUACUUGAUCUAUACUGCACCUGAUUAGCGUUUAAAAACUUGGGCUCUAAUUAGGAUUUAAUUAUGGUGUAGUUUCGUGCGAGUCAAGUUUCUAGCGCCGUUGCCGAGGAACCGCAGUCCAUUAUUUUGAAAGGGUUGCUUAGUGUUACUCUAGCAUUUUCUAUCUUGCCUUUUUGUUUUCGUUUUGUGUUCCGUGUUGUGUUUUGUUUACCCACUCAUUGUCUUGAAGGGUGGUUUGUGUUUUUUUUUUUAAUUUUCUUUUUGUGUUUUUGUUUGUGUAGGUUAUGAAUCAUGGAUCCCAAUGGCUUCUACAAUAGGUGGGGGCAUCCACAACCCCCCGGAUGGGGGUACCUCGGAGCUUCAUGGAGUGAACAAGAAGGGGGAAGCCAAGGAUCCUGGUUCUAUUACCAACUCUCCUUUCAAGAAGAACAACCAUACCAUUGGGGGUAUGAAGAGGCUUCCCCAUAUCAAGAAGGUUUCCCUCCACAACCCGAGGAGAAAACCAAGUUGGAGUUGAUCUUGAAAGCUUUCAUGGGACAAUCAUCGAGACCAUGUGCCACUCCACUACCAGAGCCAAAGAGCAAAUUAGAGCUUAUGGUGGAGCGAUUCGCCCGGGGCAUAGAUGAAGGGUGCUCUAGCAAGGACCUCCCAAUCGCCAACCCUAUCGACUCAACCUUUCUUCAGGAGGCGGAGGAGCUUCGUUGACGCACGGAGAGGCUAGGAGGGCUUAUGGAGCAAGCAUGUGCACAACUUGCUCACAAUCGCCUCCUACCAUUGGAAGAAAGAGAGGAAGUCGAAGAGGCGAGCCAUGAUGAUUUUGGAAGAACGAGCUCCGACAUGGAUUUCAGACCCCUCCCUCCUCCCGGUUUGACACUAGAAGAGAAAGUGGCACGAGCUUGUGAAAGCUAUCGCCUCUCAUUAUUGGAGGAGAAAGAGGAGGUUGAAGGGGCAAGCAAGGACAACCGUGUGGAGCAAGACGAACUCACGCCGGAGAGCUCCUGUGGUGACGAUGAACAAGAAGGUUGCAUUGACGAUUCUCAUCAUCUACCCCUUCCCGAUAGCAACCUUAAAGACCAAGACACGAGUGUGGAGGAGCAAGGGAAUCCCUUCUAUGAGCUUGCAUGGCAUCUUGCCCUCCAAAGCGUGCUUGAAGACAUGAAUGGGAAGGAGGAAGAAGAGGUUGAAGAGGAGGAAGAAAGCAUUGAAGAGGGGGAAGAUAUCGAGUGCUCCCAAGGGGAGGAAAUUGAAAAAGAAGGAAGGGAGGUUGCGGAAGAUGUAGAAGGAGCAAGUGAGGUCCAAGAUGAAGACGAGGUCGUGGUGGAUGAAGCAUCCACAAGUUACAAGUGCUACCAAUGCUUUCCACCCGACCUCGGUGCGCUUUUGGAGAAGGACCCAUUUGCGGCUUUUUGCCAAGCCAAGGCCAAACCAUCGGCGAUCCCUCUUUGUGGAUGCGAUGGUGGUAAAUCGAUGAUGCACUACAUGGUAUGGGGCAAAUAGAAGAAAGAAGAAGGAACGAAGAAGAGGUCUCGUGGGUGGAGCCUCAAAGCCACACGAACGCUCAAUCAUGGACUCGUCCAAUGCUCGUGACUUGAGACAUCACCUCACCAACGAGAACCUCAACUUCAAGGAGGUUCUUGGGUGGACCGAAACUUGAAGAGCAAUCGUCCGGCUCACGACGUUAAAGAAACGCUUGGUGGGAGGCAACCCAACCAUCAACGAUUUGCAUCUCUUUUCCUUUCAAUAAGACGAUCAAUGAAGAGAUUUUGGUGGCGUUUAACUGUCUCCUUGAUCUUCUGGAUCUCACCCGCCCUCCGCUCCCAUGCACAACCAUUCACAACUUAACCGGUAACAUUGUUCUAUCCCCUUCUUUUACGCCAUUGAGGGCAAUGUCGAGCUUAAGUGUGGGGGGGGGGGGGUAGUGUAUUAUGCAUGUGUGUGUGAAUGUUUGGUGUGGUUUUGAAUGCUUGGAGCCUAGUUGUAUGCCCAAAUUUUCAAAAUUUGAGGUCUCCAAGCAUAACAACUUCUACAUUUGCAUGAUCAUAGUGGCAUCUUGUGGUGAUUUGUUUUGAAUCUCGUGGUUAUUAGCAUGGUCUAUGGAUGAUUUUCUUGUGAUGGUGUGCAACCUAUGAUGAUGACUAAGAAUUGUAUUAGGCUUGUGCAUAGGUUCAUUUCUCAUGUGUUUGUGAACCGAUAGAUGUUUUGAAUUGAUUACUUGCUUUUCACAGUUGCCUAUGCAUCGAGUUUAGGGAGUUAGAACGAAUGAUUGAGCACCUAGGUAGCCAUGUGAGACUUGUGUCGUUCGUUUCGUUCUUGUGUGAUAGAUCCCCCUUUACAUGAUGUGUAGCAUUCACGUUGUUGCUAGCGAGGAAGAUGGAGGCAUAGGUUUAGUCCACGACCCAAAUGUUGACCGUCCCGAUCUCAUCAUCCCCUAGUCAACCCUUUUGAGCCGUGUGUCUAAGGGUCGCUCUCGAUUUAGGUAGCUCUCGCUACUUGAGCUUGAUUGAUUUAGAUAGAACGACCCUGCUUGCAUCGUGUCUACACCGUUAUCGAGUCACCCUUGUGUUUGGAAGCUCCAUUCAUACCAUUUAAGCUUAAACGAGAUUCCACAUGAGUGAUUUGUGUAUAGUUUUGCUAAGAGGUGAAGUGAGUGUGGAGGUAGUUUUUCAAAGUGAGCAUUGUUACUUAAGUUCAAAAAUGUGGCAUGUUUAUAGUUCUCUUUAGCCCCCAAAGAAAAGAAAAGAAAAAAAAAGAUCAAUAAGAGGGGAAAAAAAGAAAAGAGAGUGACCACCACAAAUAUAAUAAAUGUUGAACAUGCUCUUAGAAGUGUUGCUUAGCAUGCAAACUUUAGGAACACUUACAUGUUGUUUGCCUACCACAUUCUUGUGCUUGAAAUUGAAUAGCAAAGGUAGCAAGAAAGAUUGUUGUGAAUGGUUUGGUGAUUGGUUGUGGUUUGGAAUCGAGGAAAGUGUGGUUUUUGGCCGAUGCUAGUGGCCAUUGAGUAUAGGAGAGGGCUCUAAUCGAAACCUUAGAACCUUUUGUGGUUUUAGGAUGGAAAUGUGGAACCUUGUGCUAUGUUUGCCACCACCCAAAAAGCCUUUUCCCCAUGUCCUAGACCCUAGCCAGUCACAUGUGUCCAAGACCUCCGGACAAGCUAACAACGACACCCAUCUUGUGAGCACUAACAUUUAGAGGCUAUCAUCAUGGUAAAGGGACGUUAGGAUAGAGCGUGACUAUGCACAUAUUUUGCAUCAAAUGGUUCUGGCCCCACUGGUCGAGAGUGACCGAUUCUUCAUCAUGUUUUAUUCAUUUCUUUUACCCCGGUGAGGACCUAGGUUGCUCGAUCAUUCGUUCCUAUGAUGUGAUCUUCAUGCAUGAGUAACUGUGAUUGGUGAGUCUUCGAGGCAUGUUGUGUGUUGGUUGAUGAAUAAUGUUAGAACUCUUCUUUUGCACAAUCUUAAUACAGUUGAAUGUCGUUU